UCCGGGAUGAUAGAGAGGCAAUGACAGCUUGAUCAACAACAAGACAUUUACACAGAACAGAUCAAUAAAGUGUCUACUCUCACGUGGUGCCUGCGUGUCCCUCCUGUUCACCUAGCAGCCCCUCACUGGAGAGAAGUCUGAAGGAGGAGGGCUCAGCCUCUCUUCCCCUGCCCAGCCAGCCACUAUGGAACCUUCUCUGCAGAAACCCACAAUGAGCUGUGAUAGUGGACUGGUGGAGAGGAACAUUGCUGGAGCCAGCUGACCCUGCCAAGCUAACCUCUAUGAGUGUUUGGCUCUUUUACCACUUCGGCGUCCCAGCCGACCCAGCCGACCCAGAGGGGAUGUGGGACAGUGGGGCCAUGGAUCCACCCGAGGAGGAGGGCCGCACCUUCAUGCAGGUUCUCAGCGAGAAGUACAGCCCGGAGAACUUCCCGUACCGCCGAUGGCCCGGCAUGGGCGUGGUGGUAGUGCCAACUCUCCCACAGGGCUCACCCAUGAAGGAUCGUUUGAACCUUCCCAGUGUGCUCGUCCUGGCUGGCUGUGGAAUCAGCCAUGCGGGAGAGCAGAGAGAGAUCGCAGCCUUCUGUGCCCACGUGAUGGAGCUCGACCUGUCCCAGAACAAGCUCCAGGACUGGCAUGAGAUCAGUAAGAUUGUGUCAAACAUCCCCAACCUGGACUUCCUCAACCUGAGCUCCAACCCGCUAAGUGAGGUUGUCUUGGAGCCUAGCGGCGCUAAGGCCUUUGCCCGAGUCCGACGCCUGGUCCUCAACAACACUCAAGUGUCCUGGAACACGGUGCUCGUACUAACACGGGAGAUGCCUGAGCUGGAAGAGCUGUUCCUGUGCCUUAAUGAGUACACCACCGUGUCAGCCUCUACUGUGCCCUGCCCCACACUGCGCCUGCUGCACAUCACUGACAACAACCUGCAGGACUGGGCCGAGGUGCGCAAGAUUGGGCCCAUGUUCCCCGGCCUGGAAACUCUGGUUAUGGCCAACUGUAACCUGAGCUCCAUUCAGGACUCCGAAGACAUGCUGCGGCGCCUCUUCCCCAACCUACGCAGCAUCAAUCUGCACAACUCAGGUCUUAACCGAUGGGAGGACAUAGAGAAGCUGAACCAGUUUCCUAAACUGGAAGAUGUGAGGCUGCAGGGGAUUCCCUUACUGCAGACCUAUACCAACACAGAGCGUCGGAGCCUCAUGGUAUCACACCUGCCCUCUGUAUCAUCGCUCAAUGGCAGUGUGGUGACGGACGGGGAGAGAGAGGACUCGGAGAGGUUCUUCAUUCGUUACCAUGUCGACUACCCAGAGGAGGAGCUACCUUACAGGUAUCACUGCCUGGUGACCAAAUACGGGAAGCUGGAACCCUUGGCUGAGAUCGACCUUCGACCCCGCUGCCACGCCAAGGUGGAGGUGCACUGCGAGGACAAAGUGGAGGAGGUGAGUAUCCGCCUGGACCAGACUGUGGCCGAGCUGAAGAAACAGCUGAGGACAGUGGUGCAGCUGUCGGCCAAUCAGAUGCGUCUUUACUACAUCGACAAGGAGUGUGUCUUUGGGCCGGAGGAGAUGAAGUACCACACCAGAGCCCUCCACUCCUACAGUAUCCAGGACGGGGACGAACUCCUGGUGGUGCCUAAGGCUGGCCGGGGGACUACCACCGCUGCCAAACCACUAUCAAACCUUAACUCCAAAACCUUAACUCCCCCGCCAUAGAAGUAGAAUAACUAGAACGGCCCACCUAUCAUGGCACAUUGACUUGAAUGGUUAAUGCAGUUCUAGUAAUUAUAUUUCUAUGCUAAUACCCUUCCCCAUCCUAAUCUUGUCUGAAGAACUCCCUGCACCCCUCCUUACGCCCAUCCUAUGUUUUACAUUCCAUGUGGGACACACUAUCAGGAAUAACAGCGACUCUGACUCUUGAUUCUGACUGGCUUGCGUUUCACCUCACAGCACCACACAUGCACACACACACCAAUUAAUCCGAACAAAUGUGUCUUGUAUGCUGCCCUCGAAAGGUGUGCGUAUUAUGUGUGACUGAGUCCCCUCUUUGUCUUGGUGUAACGCCUCUGCCCUUGACUCCUAAAAAGUCUAUCUUUUGGGGAAGGAGCACAGGAGAUAUUGCAGAGUACAACCACAGUAUCUUUUAUCUUUAAGACAAUCUUCCAUUUGCAUACCCUGUGGUGUGCAGAGGAAGUUGAUGAAAGGAUAUGGUAUACUGCUGUGCCACAGACUCUGUUUUGAGUGUACUAGGUUGAUUGUACUGUAGCUAACGGAAGUAUUCAUCGCGCCGUGUCAUUCCACUUCCUCACAAGACCGAGCCAUAGUUUUUGAUGGGUUAUUCUAAGUUAGCUUUAGUUCUCCUACGUUGAAUUCAGUAAGAUUCGUAUUUUUGGAGGAUACUUGAUAUUCAAACUCAAAUCGUGUUGAGCUUUCAAAUGGUCUUUCCUUUGGCCAGUUGUAUCGUAGUGUUUUAUAGGAUAUUGAUGCCUCUGACUGAAAUCAUUGAUGUACCAUAGAGUGCUGCAUGAGACUGUUCUUUCCUAAGUGUGUUUUUAUGUAGUUUGUGUGGAUCCUUCCACUGUCUGGGACCGUCCGUACAUGUUAAGCCUAAAUUACGUUUGAACACCUAUUGACACAUUUGCUUCUGUGCCAGAGCCAAAGUAUCUCAGGUCUAUUGCAGACAGAGGCUUUGUGUGUUCACCAAAGAUUUGUAUGAACUCUGUGUACUGUUCAUUGCAUUGUUGAUGCAUUUUCCUUGUGUGUGAAGAGGCUCAUGCUUGGUGUUAUUUUCUGUCAUUGCGAGGGCAAAGGUCACUAUGUCAGUAGCGGUUGUCUGGGACAGUAGAACUAAGGCAAUGCUUGGUAAUUCACAGCUAAGGGACACCGCCACUUUAAAUCCCAAUUUACAGGCUGUUUGUUUCCCUGUUGAAUCUUAAUUGACAUAAUUUGUUGUAUUAUGUCAUUGUCUGAUUUGGAAGACAGUAAAGUAUUGGAAGAUGCGCUUAGUAGAGUUAGAUCUCUCUAAAGAUUGGAAACUAGACAAUAGCAGCAUAUUUCAUACCGCUUGUUGUAUUUAUUUAGUCAUUAAAACAUUGUAAUGAGC